UCUUUUUGCAUUCAUCCAGAUUCCUACCAAUUCCUCCGUUGUAAAACCAACCAACAUUAUAGUUCCCACGAUAUCAAUAACUGAAAUGCCUUCAGACGAUGAGGCCUUACUUGAAUGGGUCACUGCGACGUAUUCCAAGGUCUGGACGUUCUCAAGUAUAGGAUCUGCCAACGUCAUCAACCUUCAAGUUGGGCAAGAUCCCAAUGCACCCGAGGAGUGUAGGCUGACCCGCAACUACCAGCAGUCGCACAUCACCGCCAGUCAGGUGGAACCUGUACGCAUCGGCUACUGCAGCCCAGACAUCAGUAGGGCCACUCAGGAGGUACACAUCAUCUGGCUCCUAUCCCCAAGCUCCAGCGUCGUCGUCGAACUGAACGAAGUGUCGAGGAAUGCAGCGUCCAAAAGGAGGAUAGUGCUUGUUCUCCAGGCAGACACUCCGUUGGUGUGGAACGUCGUCAGCGACGCCAAUAUCAGGCAUCUGACCAUUGUGAGCGACCACCAGGUCAACACAGAGGGGAUAACAUCAGCUCCUUUUGAAGUCCAAAAAGAGAAUAUUCCAACCAAGGUAGAGAACCUCUACUCUUGGGCCCUGGACAGGUACAGCGCCGUCGUGUCGUACACCGAGGCUGUUCUUGCCAACAAGUUUGAUAUCACAGUCGGAAAAGCAAACAUCUCCAGGCACACCCAUCUCCUGUCCCCUGACCACGCGGGAUCGACUUCCAUCGAUUGGCCCAACGACUCGCCCCACGUGGUCGUAGAGUGUCUGAAGAACAGUAUCCGAGCCCUGGUACCCAUGCAGGUGGCCCAGUACUACAACCUAAGCCCCGAAGACAUCACCUUGGAAGACAGGCAGUGCACAUCCAUGGAGUACAUGACCUUGGGCUUCAUGUUGGAUACACAGCUUAAUGCAUGUGGGACUACAUCGGAGCAGCGGUUGAAUAAGAUGAUAUAUCGUAACAGGGUGUUGUUCUUCAACGGGUCCCCUGAGGGAAGUGGCGCUGGCAUCGAAGGUUCCGGUGUGAACCUCCUCAACGAUGAGUAUGUCGAUGACGAGGACUCCAGCCUGCCGUUCUACGCAUCGUCCAUCGAGUGCGAGUUCCUGCACGGACCCACGAACACCAACAACGACAUGACCAACAACCAUGUGACCCUCCACAUGGAUAUGUACGAGACGCCGCUCUUCCAGAACAAGGUGGUCGACUUCCCGGCGCCGCUCCAGGACCAUUCCAGGUUGUACUUCCAGGUCGGGGUCAGCGGAGGACAGCGGAGACACGAGGUGGUCAUCAACCAAUGCUGGAUCCAGGCGGCAAAUGAGAUCGUUCAUUCCCUUAUUGAUUUCAGCUGCCCCGUUGACCAGACCAUCAUCUUCCAUGAGUUAAACCCCAACUACGUGAGCCUAGAUCCCCAAGAGGAUGGGGACCUGAAGCGCUUCAGUUUCCAGGUUCACUGGACACGGGAGACCUUUGGCCUUCAUACCUUCGUCAGCUGUAAGCUCAGUCUGUGCAGUAAAGACUAUAAUACGGUGGACGAGGAGAAGGGUAUUCCGGUGUGUUCAACACUAGAAGCCCUUCAGCAAGCCUGUUCGGGAAACCCGGGAGUUAGGGUUGGCCAGCAGCUGACCACUGGACCAAGCAAGACGCUGGAGAUUGGUCCUUUACUAGACAGCUCAAUAGAAAUACCUGUAGUGGAUAGUAAUGAUAUAGAUAAUGAAGUAAAUGUAGGAAAUUCAGCAUGUCUAGAAGGAAACAGUGCUGAAACAAUUUCAGGUUUAGGUGCAGGGCCAGCUGCAGCUAUAGCUUUUGCAGCAUUCACCAUCGGCGUACUACUUACAGCAUGCCUGUGGUUCAUCCAUGCACAUACAGGUCCGCGGAGAGAGAUCCCUGGAUCACCUCGUACAUUAAGCUCACCCAGUUCACCUUUGAUGAACGGUCACAUACCAAAUGGACAUUUACCGAACGGGGGGCCUAUGGUGGCCCGACAGCGGCCCCCGCCGGCGCCCGCCCCAAAUGGACCACUUCACAUACCCUUAGCGAACGGUAUGAACCCUAACAUGAUCCCCGCGCGGGGACUUAUCAACGGACCCAUCGGGGAGUCAGUAUGAGAGUGACCAAACAUGAACUGCCGCGUGUGCAGCUUUGGAUCAGUGCUAAAAUUGUUAGUGUGAAAUGGAGCUCUGUGAGAGUGUAUUUCUCCACAUUGUUGAGGAGAGCAUUCGCACCGGAGAGUCGAGUUUGAAUAUAUAUAUAUUCAGUUGAAUCCACCGUGGCAUAGCUGAAAGGAUAAUCAAUGUGAAAGGGGCAUUUUGAAGCGACCGACGCGAAGGAUUCGAUGCUUCUGAGA